AUGAAGCGUCACCUGAUCGCCUUCACUUUGCUGCUCCUCAUUUCCGGUGUUCAUCUCUUCAGUUCGGAGGGUGGAGGCGGAUUGCUACCUAAUAUCGCUCUACGCUCUCUAACCCACCGGAAGUCGGCAGGCAUCGAACGUAAACUCCGCCAGGAGCCCGCGUCUGGUCGGAAUGAGAUCGGUGUAACGGAUGUCCCUGCCUCGGAGGAGGAGUAUUCGUUUGGCCUGGCAAUGAUGGUGCUGUACAUCCACAGCGCCAUCGUCGGCGGUUUCUUGUUGAUGAUGUGCGCGGCGGUGUUCAUCUUCCGAUGUGACCGGGGCAAUCCUGGUGAAAGUGCCCCCGGUGAUAUGCCAACCGAAGGCGGUGGUGGCGGCGCGGGUUCGGGCGAGAAGAAGCCGAGCAACGACGACGAGAAUUCGGCCGCCUCGACAGCCGUCUCGUCAUCCUCUCCCGCC